AUGGGAGAUUCAGUACCUCUAAAACUAGCACUGCCAGAGCUGAAGUAUCCUAUUGGUUCACAGCCAAAGGAAAAGUCAGCAAUCAACCAAUACUCUGGUUCAGAUUAUAUCUCUAUUGUCAAAAGCAUCCUAAAACCAGAUGAGAUGAUAAGAGUCCGAGGAUCAUUUCUGGGACCUGUAAUGAAGCUCAGUGAGAGAGGAUUGAAGUUAUCAGCAAAGAUAGUCUACGCCAUUCUCACUAGAAGCAUCGUUUCUGUCAAGGAGAAUGAAGCCUGGUUCCAUUUCGGUGCGCAGCCAAUGAGGUUCUCUAUAAGAGAAUUUCAUAUGAUGACAGGCUUGAAAUGUAGUGGUGCAUUAGAAGGACCACGAAGGGAAACCGAGAGAUUUAAUUGGGAAUUGCUAAAGGGGCGUAGUCAUAAGUUAAGUGACGUGGUGGACCAGCUCAGAAACACAAGAGAAGAUGCUUCUGAGGAGAGAAUAUGCCUCGCAAUGCUCAUCCUGGUAGAGAGCAUAUUAUUGCGGAAGAGCAAAGGAGGGAGUUUUCCUUUGGAAUAUGCGAAAAAUGCACAGGAUAUGACAUAUCCAUGGGGAAAAGAGGCUUACAUUGUGCUCCUGAAGUCAAUUCAAAACGCUGUCGCGAAUCAUUUGGAGAAUAAAUCCAAAUUUGAGUUGCAAGGUUAUCCUCUAGUAUUCCUUCUUUGGAUACUAGAGUCGAUUCCUUUGCUAAGGAAUAAGUUCAGUAAGUGUGUACCAACAGUUGAGGUUCCUGGGCCGACUUACUUGUGUGAAAAAUACACUGAGAUAGAGAAUCCAUCACUUGAUAGGGUUUUACAGGUUGAAGCUGAUACAAAGCUGAAGGUCCAUUGCAUACUACCUUCUAUUCCUCAUGAUCCAGAAGAUGAUAUCUCCAUUGAAGACAAAUAUAGUGACGAGUUGGAAACAGUGAAAGAUGUAACAAAGAAAGGGUACAAGAUUACAGCCGAUGACUGGGAAAAUAGGUGUGUAGACACAUUUGACACAUUGGAUGCUCUUAUUCAAAUGAUGGCAAAUAAGGAGACUGGCCAAGCUUCUACUCCGAUUGAUGAGGAUUCAGUAAAUGAAAAAGUGAACAGGAUCAUCACGGUAAUGGAGGAGAAUCUGAAGAGCAUGAAGGAUCGAAUGUCAUUACUGGAAGAAGAAAACAUACAUCUUAGAGCUCGUGUGUCAGAGUUGGAAGGAAACAGCAAUGUUUUUCCCACUAACGUGACACAAAAGCGAUCCAGUGGGACACCUUUAUCUCCAAUGUCUCACACGCAACCAUCCAGUGGGACACCUUUAUCUCCAAUGUCUCACACGCAACCAUCGAGUGAGACACCUUUAUCUCCAAUGUCUCAACAGCCUAAUUUGACACAUGAGGAGACAAUGAUUGAAUCAGCUGCAUCUCCAAAGUCUCAACAAAAUGAGGAUUACACGCAAUCAUCGAGUGAGACGCCUUUAUCUCCAAUGUCUCAACAGCCUAAUUUGACAAAUGAGGACACAAUGAAUGAAUCAGAUGAUGAAACUCCUGCCCUUGAUACUCAAGUAUUCUCUCCUAAUCUGACAAAAGAGAAAGAAACAGAAACGUCUACCGGUGAGAGGCCAUCCAAUCCUAAUCAAGAUGGAAAACCAGAUGAUGAGAUUGUGAGAGAGAAAUUAACAAGUGAGUCACCUGCUAGUCAGAGUCAAGUUUUGCAGAAAGAAACAGUAGAAAUGAAUGAGACACCUUCUUCUCCAAUAGCUCCAAAGAGUAUUGAAACUCCCGUUUAUACUCCAAGUCAGACUCAGCAGAUUGAGAGAGAGCCAUCGGAUGACACGCCUGCCCUUGAUACUCAAGUUUUUACUCCUAAUCUGACAAAAGAGAGGGAAACACAAACCUCUACUGAUGAAACGCCACCCAAAACUAAUCAAGGAGAAGGAAAACCAGAUGAUGAGAUUGUGAUUGAGUCACCUGCUGCUCAGACUCAAGUUUUGCAAAAAGAAACACUGGAAAUGAAUGAGACACCUUCUUCUCCAAUAUCUCCAAAGAGUAUUGAGGCUCAAGUUUUUACUCCAAUUCAGAAACAGCAGACGGUAACAGAGGAAACGUAUGAGGCUACACAGCCAUUGACUGAGAUCAUUUCAGCAAACAAUAAAAAGGAGGAUACACAUGCUGUGCAUUACAGACCUUCCUCUCCAUUGUCUUCACUAAUUGCACUAGUUAUUGAAGAAAAUAAGAAUGCUUUGAGUGAGACAGAAACUGCGACCCAAUAUUUUUCUACAAGUGAAGGAGAGCAUUCACAAUCAAGCAGAAAGAAUCAAGCGGAAGAAUAUCUCAAGGAUACUACAGAACCUACUACUGAGCUAGUUUCCACAGAUGUUUCGAAGACACAGCCUCUUACUCCGCAAACACAGCACCUUCAGACAAGUGAGGGAGAUCAAUCCGAUGAGACACCAUCAGAGCAGAAUCAAGCAGAAGAAAAUCUCAAGGAUACUACAGAACCUACUACUGAGCUAGUUUCCACAUAUGUUUCGAAGAUGCCGCCUAUUACUCAGCAAACAGAGCAUCUUCAGACAAGUGCUAUAGAUUUUUCAGAAAAAAACGAGGUUGAAGUAAGCAGGCUUCUAGCUCACUUUCAAAUAGGCGCAGAGGUUGAAAUUUUGUCUACUGAUGACGAAAUAUGGUAUCCAGGAAAGGUUGUUGAUCUUAAACUGUGUGAAGGACUAGAGGAGCUGACAGUUGAGUACACGACACUCUUCACAGACCAACAUAGACUUCAGAAACUUCAGGAUACUAUCACGGCUGACAAAAUACGUCCUGCAACACCAACUAGUGACCAAAAAUCCUUUGAGAUGAUGGAUAAGGUAGAAGCCUUCUACAACAAUGGCUGGAGCAGCGGACAAAUUAGCAUGGUACUUGGUGAUAACACAUACUCGGUGUGUCUCUAUACUUCUAUGGAAACUAUUCUAUUCAAACAUUCAGAUUUGCGAAUUCAUAGAGAAUGGAAAGAUGGAGUCUGGAAGAUGGCAGAUAAGGUGAAGCCUGAUAAGAAAAGGAAAGCUGCUGCCUCAUCACAAAAUUCAGGAAUGGAUAAUGUUUUCCUAAGAAGGAGCGAGAGGGUGCCUAAACGAUCUAGAGACACAAAAACUCCAUUCAAGUCUGACAGAAAUCCGGCUUUAACUGUAAUACCUGAGAUUAUACCUGCAGUUGAUCCGUUUUCAACUCCUGCGGAACAUAAGCUUUCAAGGCUUCAAAAUUGGAUGACAUUAAAGCCCGGCAUGCAUGAAACGUCCCUAUCAAUCAAUGAUAAUAAGAUAAGGAAAUCUUUCUUUCAAAGCAUGGAAAAUGCAAAAAAGGACCUUAAGAAAGAGCACAUUGAUGGAGCCUUUGCAAUGCUAAAUUGCAGAAGAAAUGAGAAUGCUGCUUGGUUCCACAACUACAAGAUUCCAAAGGCGUGCUUCCUACCUAUGGAGUUCUUGCAUUGCUUGCUCUCUGAUGAUUUGGCUUACAAGAAAGAAAAGGUCAAAGGUAAAAAGAUUUUCAACGAUUUAUUUAAAGAUACUGUGAGAGGGAAGGUAUAUCCAGAGAAGACAUGGGGAGAAGAUGUUGAUGUUGUGUAUGGGAUUACUCUUGGAAAAAAAAGCAAUGUCUGGAUUGGGAUGGAAAUUCAUUUGAAGAAGAAAAGAAUCACAGUAUAUGAUUGUUUUCAAAAGGAAAGCAACAGCAUUGAUAUUCCUCAAGUGAAAAAGUUGGCAGUGUUGAUUUCUAAUCUGCUGGUGGAAUCUUCUGGUGAUGAGGUAGAUAAGGUGAAGAUGAUUCCAUUUGAGAUUGAGCAGGCACAAGGUUUACCCAAGACAAAACAUCCUUUCAACUGUGGGAUAUUUCUUGUCAAGAUUCUGGAGUGCCAGUCAUUGAAGAUAGGAGACAUGACAAAGAUUAAUGAUGACAAUGCAUUGGAGCUAAGGAGAACCUUGUCUUGUGAGAUCUUCAACCAAUUUGUGGAUGAGAGCUUUGGGAAAUGAGAAUGAUGCAUGAAAACAUUUUUUGUUUUAGUUAAGACUCGGUUUUAGUUAUGACUGUUUAUUUUGUUAUGUUGUUGGCGUCUGGUUACAUAAGAAAGAUUGGAAGGAUAUCAAGUAUUUUAUUUGGGUAUCAUAUAUCUUGGAAGGUUAAAAUAUUGUUUCUGGAUGGGUUUCCAGAAAAAAAGUUAAGUGUUUCAAAUGUAAAAAAGAAUGAAAUGAGAUUAUAUACUAAGGAUUGGACAUGUA